AUGGCUUCAGAAAUCACCUAUGCAGAAGUGAAGUUCAAGAAUGAAUCUAACUCCUCAGGCAUCUACUCAGAUUCUGCUACAGCUCCCAAAGAGAAGCCCACCUCUCCUCUAAGUAAGCCUGGCCGCCCCUCACUGCUCUUCACAUCACUGAUGGCACUUUUCCUGCUGUUGGCCAUCGCAUUCUUGGCUGCUUUUAUCUUUUAUUAUCAAAAGUACUCUCAACUUCUUGAAGAAAUAAAAGCUAUAAAAGAUCUAACUUACACAGAAUUGAACUGCUCAAAACCCAUAGAAGACAAAGUCUGGAGCUGUUGCCCAAAGAAUUGGAAGCCAUUUAGUUCCCACUGCUACUUCACUUCGAAUGACUCAUCAUCUUGGAAUAAGAGUGAGGAGAAGUGCUCCAGCAUGGGUGCUCAUCUGAUGGUGAUCCACAGCCAGGAAGAGCAGGAUUUCAUCAUCAAGAUCCUGGAUCCUAAAGCUGCUUAUUAUAUUGGGCUUUCAGAUCCGGGUCACCGACAGUGGCGAUGGGUUGAUCAGACACCAUACAAUGAAAGUGCCACGUUCUGGCACCCGGGUGAGCCCAAUAAUGAAAAAGAACAAUGUGUUAUAGUAAAUCAUGGAGUUUCUGGUUGGGGCUGGAAUGACAUCCCUUGCAGUGAUAAAGAGAAGUCAAUUUGUCAGAUGAAGAAAAAAAACUUAUAA